AUGUUUCAAACUACAGAGAACCGUGGGGACCCCGGAAGAGGUAAUUCUACUCUACUUCCUUGCUUCUGCGACGUAUCCCCUGUGUCAUUUGGGCAGUCGUAUUUGCUUGAUCGACCGACUGAUGAACUUGGUUAUGGCCACGGAGAGAUCCCUUUUAUACAAUUGGAUUUGCCCAGGACGUCAAAUUCGCGCCAGGCUCGCGUCCUAAAUCAAACCCGCGAGAUUACCAAAGCUACCACCGGCCGUGUCGUUGGCAAUCAUCACCAUAACGACGAAGUUCCGCCUCAGGACACACGGCUCUCAUAUCCUCACUCUGUCGAUCAUAUCACGCCUAGACACAAAGGGACUUUUGCUGAUUCGAAUGAACAAGUCGUAGCUUAUAACAACAUAAACAGCCAAAAGACCAAAGGCGGAAUUGGCAGCAAGACUAACAGAUCAGAGUUCCUAAUUCCUAGCUCAAACAAGAUGUCUUCAGACAACCAUGCUGUCUACGACAGACUCGGCCUACAACUCUCCCCGCGAUCCUCCAUCACUUCCGACAAUCAACAUUGUCGUCCCUUUGUCAAGGCUCGCGUUUGCGUCUUCUUUCGAAAGGGUUACAACUGGGUGGUAGGCAUCUUCACCUUCCGUCCCGGUUACAAUACCGAUGCCGUCCAAAUUGUGCUCUACUGCCUGAUUGGCGCGGCCACGGUCAGCAUCAUCGCCAGCGCUAACAUGCUCAAGUCCUCCUCGGAUAAGCAGACUGAGGAUGUGAAGAAUGGUAUUCUUCUAUGGCUGUUUGGCAGCGUUGUCCUUCUAGUUCUGAUUCUUGUCUUUAAUCAGCACCGCGCCUCUGGUAUCGAGGAAUGGGGACCUAGUCGCGGCUUGUAUACAGAAGCACCGUGGGUCGAGAUGGGUAACCGCAACUACCGCCCUCGAGGCCGCCCUCAGCAGUCACGACACCCUACCCACCCGCAGCCUGCCCGCACCGCUGUUCACCGAAUCGAGGGCGGCGUCUACCGCCAGUCAGGCACUUCCAUCGAGCAGGAGAUGGGACGACAUCGCCGCAACGCGAAUCCCCGAGAUAAUCGCGUCGACCAGCAUCCGGCCCAAUAUCCACCUUACCAGAAGAACCGCAAGGCAGCCAGUAAUUCGGGCGUACAGGAUAUUAUCGCUCGAGCACAACUUCGUGACCAAAGCACCUCGUCUUCUGUCGACAGCGGCAUCGGUAUUGCUCGCAGCAGCUCCUUACACGACGAGGAGACCGGCAAGCUAGGAUCACCCAUAGAGUUCAGCACCUGUUCUAUGCAGGAGGAUUCUGUAGUUACCAACGAGCAACUAUCACCUAUCCCUUACUCUGCUUCGGCUGGGUCUGGCCUUACCGACAUCAGCUACUUCGGCUCUUCUGAAUCCAGCUCGCCUCGCCGUCCCGGGCUACCUCCGCGCGACAGCUGGUGUCUCGAACCUUCUUUCAGCUCUAGCACUCUUGUCACCUACGGCAGCACCAAGCGCGAUUUCACCAAAGCCGGCGUCUUUCCUCCCCGCAGCAGCUCGCUUACCGAAUUGUCAUCGCAGGGCACAUUCUCCAGCGCCGACCGCAAGUACGAAGUCGAAACCAACUUCUCGUAUCCGUAUAGAACUGCCUACAAGGAACUCAGCCCCAUCAUCGAGCGCGCUAGCGAGGCUCCCUCUUCACCUUAGGAGAUAGCUUAGGGCGAUCAUUAUCCAUUUGCAUCCUUGAUCGUGUAUGAUAUUUGGAUCACCAGUUUAGUAACGAUCUGGACAUCCAAGAUUCUCGGCCGUUUGGUAAUUUCUGUUCUUUUUCUCCGCGAGCAACUUUGAAUUACUAGCUUAGGUUUGAUGGAACAUCCACCAGACUGUUAUUCUAGUUAUAAUAAUAUUGCACUGGAACUGCGCCUACAAGGUGAGUAUUUCUUCGUCGUUCUCUAUUGCUAUGCGUGCUGACUGUUUCGCUUAGACUUGAGUUUUAAUCACGAGGGUGUAUAUUGUAUUCCUUCAUAAAUCAUUCCUCGACGAGAGGCCAACACAAACUUGGCUUUUAUUUAGCCUCAUUGCAAGGUGAAAGAGGAAGUCAUUUUGCAGAUAGUGGACGCGGGAUAAUCCGAGCUCUCAGUGUAAGGAAGGCUACAGCUAUGAUUUUGGCAGUUGAGAUACUUGUGUAAUAUCGUGACCACACGAUCCAUAGCACCUGAUUGAUAAUGAAGAGCUUGUAAUGCGAAAAUCUCAUUCACCAUGGUUUUCCGAUUCCGUAACCGGGCAACUGAUAGGUUUAAAGUGUCUCUUAUAACAUGGAAAUCCUAUCUGGGUUCCCAAGUGAGGGGCCUGGGU